AUGACCAUGAGCUCGGUGGCCGAGACCCUGCUGGGCUCCGACCCCUCCAAAGCCGCGUUCCUGGAGCUCGGCCCCCCCCAGCACUACCCCCUGCACGGCCUCCCCCAGCACGACCCCCCGCCCUUCUCCUCCUACGGCCGCCCCGGACACUUCCCCUACCCCAGCGGGGCCCCCCCGCCGCCCCACGGGGGUCCCUUCCUGCCCUACCCGCCCCCCGGCGCCCCGUACGCCCCGGCCCCCGGGGCCCGGCUGCACGACACAGCGCCCGAGAAGGCCCCGGCCGUGCCCCACGGGGAGCUGCGCCUCGCCGGGAAGGGCAAGAAGCUGCGCAAGCCCCGCACCAUCUACUCGAGCGUGCAGCUGCAGGCGCUGAACCAGCGCUUCCAGCAGACCCAGUACCUGGCACUGCCCGAGCGCGCCGAGCUGGCGGCACAGCUGGGGCUCACCCAGACCCAGGUGAAGAUCUGGUUCCAGAACAAGCGCUCCAAGUACAAGAAGAUCAUGAAGCAGGGCCCGAGUGGCCCCGAAGGGGAGCAGCCCCCGGCCAGCACCCCCGCCCUGUCCCCCUGCUCCCCCGGCCUCCCCCCGCUCUGGGACCUCCCCGGGCCCGCCAAGGGACCCCCGCUGGCCCCCGGGCCCUACAUCAACACCUUCGGAGCCUGGUACCCCCCGCACCCGCAGGACGGAGUCCCCAGGACACCCAUGAUGUGA